UUUUCAGAAAAUGAAGCAAAUAAUUCUCCUAAGCAUCAUCGCGUUAUGCUCAGCGUACACCGACAUUAACGACAAUGAGGACGUCAACGCGGUGGUCAACAACCCGACCGAGUUGAAGAAGCACAUCGCCUGCUACCUCGACAAGGGCCCGUGUACUCAAGACACGCUGUUGUAUAAGACUCACUUACGGGAGGUAGUGGACGACGCUUGCCGGGAGUGCAACGACGCAGAGAGACACCUGGUUAGGGUCUUCCUCAAGGGCCUGAAGGAACACUUCCCUAGCGACUACAAUGAUUAUCUGAAGAAGUACGAUCCUGAAGGCAUACACGUGCCUAAACUACUCGCCAGCGUGGGCAAGUUUUAAAGACAACCAACGGAUGGACCAACAUUUAUUUUGCG